GCGGCUAGUGAGAGCGAGCAUGCCGUUCGCGUCGCAAGCGAGUGCCGUCGCCGUGGUACGCUAUCCGAUGGUACCGGUUUAAAGCGAACGUAAAACCGAAGAAACAGCUUCUCUCACCAGAACUGUCGUCGUCGAUCGUUUCGCUCGCGUCAGUGUGUCCCGUCGCGAAUCGCACUUUUUUUCCGUUCCGGAAGCUUCUUCCGCGUCGCGGCAAGCGCGAAAACAGAAGGAAAUUACAUUUUUCUUUUUUUUUUUAUUUUACUUUCGAAGCAGACUCUCGCGAGACAGUUUGUUCGCGUGGCGACAACGCGUUUUACCCCUUGCCGUGUCUCGUCCCAUUGUCAACCCUUGUAAAUUUCCAGCCAGACGUUCCUUGUCUCCUCGCCCUCUCUGUCUAAGGUUUCCCUACAACACCCGCGCCUUUGUCCGUCUCCGUCUCUCGCUCCGUCCUUCUUCAUCCUUUGCCGUUGCCGCCGAGAGUUCUUUCGAUUCGUCCCUCGCGUCAGCAACCAAAGGGGAUACGCGAAGUGUAAUUUUUGCGCGAUACGUCCCCCUCGGAAGCGGAAGGACGAGACGAAAGAAAGAGAUCUUUUUCGUCGUUAUCUUUUUGAAUAAUUAUGGCGCGCGAGGAGAAACGGUGGUGCUUUUUUAACGGUGCGAACAGACAGCACGGACCGACGCGAAUCUUGCUGUUGCCCGUCAUCCUGUGCACGCUCCUGAUCGGAUCCCUAGCGCACGAUGAUUCUUAUUACAAUUACGCCUUAUUGGAGGGCAAGUCACUGUCGGAUCAACGAUCUAUGAAUAUCAAACUGACCGAUGGCACGGAUGUAGCGAGAAUACGCCGGGCGACACCUGAUAAGCCGACGGUGGCGACUGAGCAGAAGGACGAAUCGCUUAAGGAUCAAGCCCCGUCGCAGCCGCAACAGCAGUCGCAGCCGCAACAACAACUGCCGCAACAGCAAGAGCAACAAGCGCCGACGGUGCAGCCGAUACACCCGGUUAAUACGACCACAGUAACGUAUUCCACGACUUUUUCGACCACCAAGGCGCCUUCGACCACUUCCGUUCCUAAGCCUAUCAAGAAGGUUCCAUCGCAAACUGAUCCAGUCGAUGAGCCGAAGGUAAACGUCUGGGCAAAUCAGACGUGGACACAUAACAACACCAACAAGGAGCAGCAGCCGACUAAGAACAGUCAGACGACGGUGCCAACGCUCACGACGUCGCCCACGCCGAAAAACGUGGUCACGCCGCAGACGAUCGGCCCUGAUGAAAGUAACACGACGGACGAUAUCAGCGAUAUUUCUAUCAGCAAGUUCUCCGAUGUGGGGAACACAACGGCCGAUCAUAAGAAUGUCACCAAAGUGAUGACGGACAGCCAUCUGUAUUAUAACAGUACAUUUUUCAAUGCAUCGGAUAUGUGCAAGAAAUACUGGGUCGACAUGGAAAAUCAUCCGGAUCUCAAAAUCAAUUAUCUGCUCAGCCAAAGUCAUCGACGUGCGCAGACCAUCAAGCUGAAGUUCGAUUUCCCGUUCUACGGGCAUAAGGUGCGCAAUAUCACUAUCGCCACCGGCGGUUUCCUGUACACCGGCGAAUACGUGCACAGCUGGCUGGCGGCCACCCAAUACAUUGCACCGCUCAUGGCGAAUUUCGAUACCCGCCUGUCGAACGCCAGUUACGUCAAGUACGCUGACAACGGCACGGCGUUCACGGUCGAGUGGGACAAGGUGGUGCUGCAGGACAAGCCAGAUGCCGGCUCGUUCACUUUCCAGGUGACCUUGCACCAGAACGGUGACAUCGUGUUCGUCUAUUCGGACAUACCGAUGAAGAUCGACCAUAUUGAGGACACGAUGCAUCCCGUCAAGGUCGGCGUCAGCGAUGCCUACAUCAUGGACAGAACAGUGUUCUUUGUGCGUCGAAAAACUAUCUACGAGUACCACCGCGUCACUUUCGAUCAAACCCACGGCAUAAACAACUGCACGACCAUCUAUCUGAAAGCGUUGCCGACGUGUCUUAGUCAGGAGAACUGUCGCGACUGUGUGACCAAAGUGCCCACUUUCGAGUGCAAAUGGUGCCCGGAAUUGAGUCAAUGCAGCACCGGCACGUCCCGACAGCGGCAGGACUGGCUGCUGAAGAGCUGUGAUACGCAUAAUAUUAAAGAGCUCAAGAACUGUUCGGCGCAGAUUACGACAUAUCAGGGCGAAGAGUAUGAUCACGACGGCCAUGUACAUCUGGAGGAAUCGAUCACCGCCAACGAGAUGACCGCGAAGCAAGAGAGACCUGGUAGCAGUCUCUUGGAAAGCACCACUCCGAACAACAUGAAUAUGAGCGUUUCGGGAAUAAUCGGUAUUCUCACUGUCGUCGCCCUAGUGAUAGGUUUUGCGGGUUGGGGUGCAUACGCUUAUCGCAAUCCUCACAGCACAUCUGGCCAGAUGCUUAUCAGGUAUCGUCCGAGCCAAUGGAGUUGGCGAAGAGGCGAAGCCCGUUACACGGCCGCGACUAUUCACAUGUGAUGAGAUGUCAACAGAGAAAUCAAGUCACAGUCAAUCGGACCAAAUUUCCUAUUAAUUGUACGGCAUGCCGAGUCUGCGAAUGAGACACGCUACGAUACGUCUAACUCGCGAGGACGCGCUUAGUCGUCAAGUUUGCACACGAUCACGUAAAUAAUGAACAAUCAUCUUUUCACGGCGAAACGCGACGCGACGAAGACGCAAUGGAUUAUUCGUAGCAGCAAACGAUUAUCCAUCUCUUUCUUUUCUCCUCUAAUAAUUCGACAAUGCUAUAAUACGCAAGUAUUUCUUGUAACAUUUUUACAAAUUGACUAUAUGUGAAAGUAUGCCAAAUAUUAUCAAGAUUUGUUAAGGUUAAUAAUUAAAAUUAGAUAAGCGAAAAUUUAUUCCUUUGAAAAUUUGACGCUUACAGAAUUUCUCUUUAGAUAAAUUUGCGAAUUAUAGAACGAUUCGACGAUAAAUUCACGACGAGGACCGUGCAAUGAUAAAAAAAAAGGUUGCUUCGCGCGACCGAACGGAGUCCAAGGGGAGAUUGUGAAUUCUAGCAUUUUUACGAUAGAAGGAAGUUUUUAAAACACAAUCGAUAACCCGGAGCUGCGGAGAUAAAAGCCGAUCCGCUAGGAAAACCGAGAAAACGGUUCUUCAAAACCGUUCGGACGACGGCACUCGUAAUACAUGGAAGCUCACUCGCUUGUCCGUCGAGCAUUUAUGUGAUUCUUAGCAGCACGUUGGUAUAUCUUGUUAUUGUUUAAAAAUUCGUUUUUUCUUUAUCGUUAGACUCAAAUUAUAAUGUUUUAUAUACGUAAUGUUCAUGCAGCGUUUUCGAAAAAAAUUUUCGAAAAAAAAAGAAAAAGAAUCAACGAGUAAACCGAACGUUUGAGUUCUGAUAUAGCGUGCUGAAGCUACAGUUCGGUGAAUUCUCCCGGAAGGAAAAAGAAUACUUCAAAAUUACUUUUAUAUAAUUCUUAUAUAAAAAUAAAUUACUUAUACAGGGUGUCCUCGACUUACCGUUACACCCGUUGAUGGCAGAUUCCUGAGGCUAUUUAGAAAAUCUUAUGAACGAAAAUCUUAAUGCCAAAAUGCAGAGGCUGCUAUAGUUUUUGAACAGGAAAGAUUUAAAGUUCACCAAUCAGCUUGUGAAAAUUUCGCGCGCUUAGAAACAUCACAUAUCGAAAGGGCCCUUCUACAACACUUUGUUCAGCUCGAUAGAAAUAAUAAUACUGACAUAUUGUUCACUUUAUUUCAAGUAUUAUUAUUUCGAUCAAGCUGAAUAAGUGUUGUAGAAGGACCCUUUUAACAUGCGAUGUCCCUCAGCGUGAAAUUUUGACAAACUGAUUGGUGAACUUUGUAUCUUUCUUGUUCAAAAACUAGCAGCCUCGACAUUUUGGCAUUAAAAUUUUUAUCUUCAAAUAACCUCAGGAAUCUGCUAUUAACGUCUAGAACACCCUGUAUAUAAUACUUAUAAUUAAUUUAAGAUCGAUCAAACAUUAAAGAAUCCUUCGCAUUAUUGUCGGUACAUUCCAAAAAGCAUAUGUGAAUUACGAAAUCACGUAUGAACUGUAGUUUCAUCGUAAUUGUAUAUCAUACACACAGACACGUAUAAAAAUAUAUAUAAAUAAUUAUAUACUAUAUAGUUCUUUAUAUAUAUAUACAAUUAUAUUUUACGAUGACAUUUUUGGAGGAUCACACGAGCACCUUAUAAUACGCGUGAUACAAUAUAAAUAAACUGAAAAGAAGAAGAAAAGAAAUAGCACGAGAUAUAUAAAAAUUUUAUAGCAUCUAUUAUAUUACUAGGUCGUGAGUGUAUAUAGUAGUUCUACGAUGCAAUAUAAUUUUUAUCUAAUUUUAAGUGUAUUAUUCACUGUCAAAAGGGUGCCUUCUUCGUGAAAAUUUUCAGGCAACGUAUCGUGUAUAGUAAUAAGAUAAGCGACAAAUAGCCGGAGGGAAAAAAUCUCAUUACAAAUUAUCGCGAAGAAAUUGAUCGCGACCCGUCGCGGAAAAAAAGAAUUUUGCCAUCGCAGCGAAAUCAUCGUUGAUAUAGCACAUUAAAUGUGAUAGUGAUAAAAUUUUUGUUGGUAAAAUAGAUAAAUUUUGCUGCGUGCAUUUGUUUAUGAAAACACAUUAAUUUGUUGCUGCAACAAAUAAUUUAUUUCUGACAAAUGUAUUUUGCUUUUGCAAUAAAAUUAUCGCUACUGAUACACAUUUUGAUGAUGGAAAUCGAUUUGUUAUAACAGCGAUAUAAUUUGCAGAUUAGCAGAAUUAUUUUCAGCAAAAUUCGUCAGCAAACUUCUUGCUGUUUGCAUAUUAAUUAACAUAUUUUGUCAUGACAACGUAAAAUUUGCUGUGACAGUAAAUUCUCUUUUUUUGCGCACGGUUUCUAAAAGAUCGUCUUGGCACUCCCCGCGAAAUUCGAGGGAAAUGCAAUUGUAAAAAGUUGUAAUUCGUUAAUAGAGAUUCAUAGCAUACAUAUCUUUGUCGACUUAUCGUCACGUUGGAGCUUGCAAUUGCAGUUUCAACGCACGACGGGCCAACGAAGGAAACUGGAGUGAAUUAUUGUCGAACUUGUAAACUUUUCUUACAUUACUGUGUACGAUUUAACUCAUAGUUUGUGAUAAUAAAUAUUAUAAUUAUUAUAGUA